GACCAACUCUGUACCAAGUUCUCUAUACCCGUUGUGAAUUCAAAGUAGAUGUCGUUCUGCACUUGCACCCAGUACCUUCGACUAGGGUGCGCUGACCUUGAUCGGAGAACUUGAUUACUGUUGCCAUGUUAUAAGUGGUCAUGCUUAUCGGGUUGUCACGGUGCCUAUGCUGUCAUGGACACACAGCUGUUGCUGGCCAGUUCCCUGUCGCUCGCCUUUACGAUGGUCUAUGUAAGCUCGUUGCUGGGCUUCUGUUUUAUAUGUCUCGUGACGAUAUCAUGGAAGCGCCAUUGGUACCUCUGAUUUAGCUAGCUUCUGUCUGUUCAUGUCGCUUGCUGGCCUUAUUUGCUUGUAGUCUUUGUUUCUCCAUAGUUGUCUUCUUUCUUUCCAUGAAUAAAAAUAUGAUUUCACUCUUCGUA